AUGAUUUACAGUCAGUUUAUUGGAAGAACAUAUGUUCAAAAGGUUUUAUUAUUAUUAAUAUUUGUAACUUUGGUUUUAAUUGCAAGUGAGUAUUUGGUGUACACCAGUAAACGUAUUAACAAUAAUCUUCACAAUGGAAUACAACAAAAUUAUUUUUUAAGUAGCCGAUCUAUUUAUGAGCACAAUAUGACAGUGAACAAUUAUUACAAAAAACGAGAGAAUUGGACGACUUCUAAAUUGGGAUUAAUUUUAUUCAAGGACAAAAAAUACGGAGUACCUAGAGAAAAUAAAACAUUUGUCGUAUUGAUAUGGAAGUAUUGGAACUGGUUGAAGAGUCGACAUAUUCAAAACUAUAAUUCGAAAAGAAACGAUCCCCUUGAGUAUUGCAGUGUGAAGAAUUGUAAAUUUACAGGAGAAAACAAUCAAUUAGGUACGGCUGAUGCAGUUGUAAUUCAUAUGCAACAUGGCUUAAUACCGGAUGGUAAAAAUAGAAACACUAACCAGAGAUGGAUAUUUCUAAAUGAUGAAUCUCCAUUGCACUCAUUUACCAUGGCAAAAGUUAAACCAAAGUUAUCAGAUUUGGCAAAUAUUUUUAAUUGGUCCAUGACUUACAGAAGUGAUGCUGAUAUUCCUGUACCAUAUGGACGUACUAUAUCUUUGAAGGAACCGCUGGCCGAUAACUUGACAUCCGAUACUUUAGCAGAAUUAAUUCCUAAUUGGAAUAAAAAACGUCGAGAUAUACAUGCAGUUGUUCUUAUUUCCAAUUGCGUGUCUUGGAGGAUGGAAUAUUUGAAGAAGUUACAGAAUUUUAUAGACAUUGACAUUAUUGGCAAGUGUUCAACUUUAAACAAAAAAACUUGUCCGGGUCACUUCAAAUCGGAUUGUGAUAUGUUAUCUGAAUAUAUUUUUUAUUUCUCCUUUGAAAAUUCAUUUUGCUCUCAAUACCUGACUGAAAAAAUAUUUCAAAAUGCCUAUUCCAAAGGUGCUAUUCCUGUCAUAUUGGGACCAUCAAUUGAGGACUGUGAACAACUCUUACCGCCCAUGUCGUACAUACACACGGACAAUUUUGACACUCCAGAAAAACUAGCAAGUGAACUAAUACAUAUUAGUCAAAACAAUGAAACAAUAUUCAGGUAUCACCGGUGGAGAAAUGAUUUCGAAGUUGUGAACGAACAUGGAUACUUCGGCACGAAAUCGUAUCACUACUGCAGGGUCUGCGAGGCUUUAAAUUAUAAUGAUGAUUCACCAACUGUUUAUGAUGAAGAAAGUUUAAGAUUAUUCUUAGACCCAAUGUUGACGUGCAGAAAAAAAUAAAUGAAAACAUAUCAUUUACACUAUACUCAAAAGAGCUGCAGAAUGCACUCUCCUCAAAAGUUUAUAGGUCUUUAAAAAAUUGAGAAAGAAUGAGAUAUAGUUCUAUUAUUUAGAUGUUUAUUAUUUGUUAUCUCUAAGUAGUUAUAAGUAUAUCUGAACACAGUUAAAUUAAAAUAUGUUAGGUAAAUUUGCAUUUUUUUCUAUAUUCAGUCUGUGGCUCCGUAAUUCGUUCUUAAAAUAUCUUUCGACUUAGUGUAUUAUUUUUCAAACAAUAUUAUUAAAAGAAAGUAGUAUAGAUUCUAUUACUUGAACGGAAAUUCCCUUUGCCCCAACAUUAAGCUGAGUCCGCAAAUCAUUUCAGAGAGUUUUGAAAGUUCUCUCCUGGGAUUCUUCGUAAUAUAAAUCCACAGCUCAUUGAGUAAUAAAUUUCAUCGCAUUGUUAUUCAGGAGAG